UCUGACUUAGCCGAUUGCCAUUUCCUAAAUUCUUCAACCGAUUUCUCUUUCUUUUUCCACAGGAGAUGUGGCUUUAAAGCUUCAAAUCACGCUCUCUCCACUAGUUUCUUCUUAUUUUUUCUGUCUCCACUCUUUUGGAUUUAACCCGUUUCGCCGAUUUCUCAAUCCCCAUUACGUCUUUUUUGAGUUUUAAUUGCCGUUUCGAUUCGAUUGAGGAGUUGGAAUUGGUUUAGGCGCCGACAAAUUUCUGGGUUUUCUUUUUCAUCUGGAAUUAAUAAUACCCUUUUCUCGAUUUGGAUUUUUGCCUUGAGUUGUUCGAUCUGAUUCGGGGUCUGAAUUGCUGGAUUUGAUUGAUUGAAUCGGGCAGUUUCGAUCGCAGUUCGGUUGGAAUUUGAUUUGAGAUGGUCUAUUUCCCAUACUCAAUCUCGGUCUGCAAGUCCGUUGACCAACCUACCGUCAUGGCGAGUUCAGUGAAUUUAUCCGAUCCAAGUUCCAAAUCAAGGAACAGGAAGAUGACUGUCUCAUCGACUUGUUCGAAAUUCCCCGUUUGUCAUAGGUCUCGAUCGGCCGUCAUCGAUGUUGUGAUUUUGAUCGCUGUGGUUGGUGCUUGUGGGGUUUUGUUAUUCCCCUAUAUGAAGCUUGUAAUCGUUGAAUUCCUUGAUAUUUUCGGCGCGAUUCUGUAUUUAAUGGGGGAGGAAGUCUCUCGUGCUCCUUGGAUUUAUGGAUCCAUUGGACUUAGCAUUUUCUGUGCUUCAUUAGCUGCCUGGGUUGUUUUAAUUUGCACGAACAGGAAAUGUGGAAAUCCUUAUUGCAAGGGUCUUCGAAAGGCAGCUGAAUUCGAUAUCCAAUUGGAGACAGAGGAGUGUGUGAAGAACUCUAGUCCAUUAGUUAAAAAUGGAGUGAAGAAAGGGCUGUUUGAAUUGCCCCGUGACCAUCACCGCGAAUUAGAAGCUGAACUUAAGAAGAUGGCACCUCCUAAUGGAAGAGCUGUGCUCAUAUUUCGAGCUAGAUGUGGCUGUUCUGUUGGUCGAUUGGAAGUUCCUGGGCCUAGGAAGCAGCUGAAGAAAAUCAAGAAAUAGUAGCAUCUAUAAUAUUGCUUGAAGCAUAUAGAUAGGAUAAUCAUCACAGGUAUACACAAUAUGCUGAGAAGAUUUUUCUUACUCUUGUGGAAAAUCAUGUCUCUAAAUAAGCUCAUGGCAGACAGGUGUAAGGAACAUAUACAGUUUUUAAUUAGGGAAUAUACAACCCUUGUUGCAUCACCUUCAUAUGUUCUCCUAGAUCUAUAUUUCUUAGUAUGAUUUAAUUACACUUUCAGGGAAAUAUAUGCAUGUUAGUACAGAUCAACAUAGUAUUACCUUCAAGAUUAUUAGUUAAAUGCAAGCUUGAAAUUCUGGUAUUCA